AUGCCUCCAAAGCAGGCGACAUUGGGCAAGUUCUUUGGCCAACCAAAAGGCGCGCCUCCAAAACAAUCGAAGCUAUCUUUCUCUUCCAAGUCAAGCGCAAGCAAGCCGCCACCAAGCUCGUCAUCCGCCUCGGAAGCAUCAGAAGAGAACAAGGAUGUUGAGAUGAAGGAUGGGGAUUCCGAUGUAGGAAAUGAAGAUUUGAUCAAGAAGGAAGAGGGAUCUGAUGUCAAGGGAAAAGUAAAAAAGGAAGAUGUAAAGGUAGAGAAAGGUGUGAAGAGAUCAAGAUCCGCCAGUCCGAAACUCUCAGCCAAGACCAAAGCUAUAAAAAUUGAGGAUGAAGUCAAGGAGGAAGAAGAGGAAGAGGAUGAAGAUGAAGAGCCUAUUGUGAAGAAGCCUCGAAGAGCUCAAAAGGCCGAAGCAAGAGAGAAGAAGCCCUCGCCAAAACCCGCUAGCACAAAAUUCAAGACCCAACCUGAGCCAGAUUCAUCAACGAAAAAAGCCUCUUCGAAGAACAUGUCACCGCCACCAAAGCGUGGUAAGAACGCCAAAGUGGUAGAGGAGGAUGAAGACGAAGUGGAAGCAGCAGCACCGUCACCAAAACCAGCAAAGCGCCGAGACUCGAAUGUAUCAAAAUCGGCAUCAGAAUCCGAAAUCGAGGACGAUUUAGAAUCUAGUGGAGAUGAGAAACCAGAAGUAGCUGCUAAAGCUAGGGAGAGGAUACAAACAACCUUGAAAUCUAAGGGUAAGGACCCAUAUCCGGAUUGGAGACCAGGAGAGCCAGUACCUUAUGCAGCUCUUUGUACAACAUUUUCUUUGGUAGAGAUGACCACCAAGCGAUUAGUUAUUGCGGCUCAUUGUUCCUUGUUCAUUCGUCAAGUCCUUCGACUCACUCCAGAUGAUCUUUUGCCUACGAUUCUUCUCAUGAUCAACAAAUUGGCUGCAGAUUAUGCUGGAAUUGAGUUGGGUAUUGGUGAAUCAUUGAUCAUGAAGGCCAUUGGGGAGUCUACUGGACGAAAUCUGAGCGUCAUCAAGAAUGAUCAGAAAGAGAUUGGUGAUCUUGGACUUGUAGCAGUCAAGAGUCGAUCAAACCAGCCUGUAAUGUUCAAGCCAAAGCCAUUGACAAUUAGAGGCGUUCUGAAGAGUUUGAUCGACAUUGCUACAAUGCAAGGCAACGGUGCUCAGGGACGAAAAGUUGACGGAAUCAAGAAGUUGCUUUCCGCAGCUGACGCGCAUUCGUCGGGCAAAGUUGACAUUACAAAAGACAAGGGUGGAGCAAGCGAAGCAAAAUACAUUGUUCGUUUCCUAGAGGGUAAGCUUCGCCUCGGAUUGGCAGAAAAGACUGUUCUCGUUUCUUUGGCUCAAGCAAUGGUAUGUCAUGAAAUUGAAGCGAAAGGUUCCGGAAAGGUUCCAAGCACAGAACAGAUGGCAAAGGGAGAGUCAAUAUUGAAAGCAGUUCACAGCUCCCUUCCUAGUUAUGAUGUGAUUAUUCCAGCAAUGUUGGAGCACGGCAUCUUUAAUCUGAAAGACAAUUGCAAACUCCAACCUGGUGUACCGUUGAAGCCUAUGUUGGCCAAACCAACAAAAGCAAUCACAGAAGUCUUGGAUCGAUUUGAAAGUCAAACUUUCACUUGCGAGUAUAAAUAUGAUGGAGAAAGAGCUCAGAUACAUUACGUUUCUAAGGAUUCUCCCAAGCAAUAUCUUGGCGCCACGCCCGCUGCUGCUAAACCAUCUGCUGGAGGUCUCGCUGCUAUAUUCUCGCGAAACUCAGAAGAUUUGUCCAAGAAAUACCCAGAUAUCCUUGGCAAACUGAACACAUGGGUUAAGGACGAUACCAAGAGCUUUGUACUUGAUUGCGAAACCGUUGCUUGGGAUAUGGUUGAAAAGAAAGUCUUGCCUUUCCAACAACUCAUGACACGAAAGAAGAAGGAUGUCAAGGUCGAAGAUGUUAAAGUCAAAGUUUGUGUAUUCGCAUUCGAUCUGCUUUUCUUGAAUGGUGAAGCUGUUGUUGAGAAAUCAUUACGAGAACGUCGUGCACUUCUUCAUGAAGCUUUCCAACCUGUCGAAGGCGAAUUUCAAUUUGCUACUAGUAUGGAUGGUCAAGAAAUUGACGAGAUUCAAACAUUCUUAGAUGAUAGUGUCAAGGCAUCGUGCGAAGGGUUGAUGGUAAAGAUGUUGGAUGGUACGGAAAGUGGUUAUGAGCCCAGUAAGCGAAGUAGGAAUUGGCUUAAGAUCAAAAAGGAUUAUCUCUCAGGCAUCGGUGACUCUCUCGAUCUCGUCGUUCUAGGAGCCUACUAUGGUCGUGGAAAACGUACCUCCGUCUACGGCGCCUUCUUGCUCGCCUGUCACAACCCCCAAACUGACACCUACGAAACUAUCUGCAACAUCGGCACUGGCUUUAGCGAACAAGUUCUCGAAGAACUCCACGCCCAACUCUCUGCUAUAGUCAUCGACCGUCCUAAGCCAUUCUACUCCCAUUCCUCGGGAAAUCAACAUCAACCUGAUGUUUGGUUUGAGCCAAAAUAUGUCUGGGAAGUCAAGACGGCUGAUUUGACAUUGAGUCCGAGAUAUAAGGCAGGCUGUAAGGAGGGUGUUGACAAAGGGGGAGAAAAGGGUAUUUCAUUGAGAUUUCCGAGAUUUAUCAAGAUUAGAGAUGAUAAGAAACCGGAUAUGGCCACGAGUAGUAGACAGGUGGCGGAGAUGUACAGGAAACAGGAGAGUGUUACGAAGAGUAAGGGCCCAAGUGUUGACGAUGAUUUUGAGUAUUGA